AUCUGUGGUUUCAGGUGUCUACUGGGGAUCUUGGAACAUAUGCCCCUCGGAUAAGGGGAACUACUAUAUACAAGAUUAAAUAAGGUCACUUAAAAUUCAUUUAUAAAAUUAUGUCCUAAAAUAUUUGUACCAGUAACAAGAUAUAUUCAAAUUAUUUUAUCUAAUAAAAAUUAACAUGUUUUAUUUUCUAAUAAAAGUUAAAAUAUGUUAGCAGUCUAUACCACUUCUUUAAUUACAUGGAAAAAGUUACAUUAUGAUGUCUAAUUAAUAAAUAGUUAUUUAUAAUUACUGCCAAAAGUCAAAAACCAGUUUGAUACUUACAUCUUAAAUACCAUGCCUUUUUAUACCCUUUUCUUUAUAAAUAACUUGUAAUUUAACCUUCAAAUUAUACUGCAUUACUUUAAAUUAAAUAAUGAGAGUACGUAUGUAUAACUUGCUUUGAAAAUAAAUGAAUUAUGAAAGCUACACUAUUUAAAACUUGAGAACUUUCAAUAAUACCUUAUACAAUAUAUUCCAUAAUUACUUUUUAAUAAAUUUUUAUAAUAUUACUGUAAAUUGUGGGUUUAGGGACCGACAGUUCAACUAUUAGCAAAAUAAUCUUUUAGCAUAACAAAAAUUGGAACAUCUAAAUCUCUUAGAACUUGUCUUAGCCCAUUUAUAUAGUAAGUACUACAUAAUUGCUAGCUGUCAUUACCUGUUACUGUUGUAGCUAUUGUUGUUAGCCUCAUUAUCAUCAGCAUCAUCUGAGUAAUUAAGUAAAGUUGGCAAACAACUUUAUCUUUCCUACUUUUAAAAUUUAACCCCAGUGUUUGCUCCCAAACUAAGUAGAACUCUCUAAAAUGAAAGUUCUGACACUGGAAAGUUCCACAGCGAACAUGAGCACUACAGUGAACAAAGGGGCUCCUAUGGUUAAGGGUCAUGAACCAACCUUGUGCACAACCACACACAAACACGCAUACACUUAUUUUCUGUUCAUCAAAGGAAAAGUAAUCCUGUAACAUUUCCCCCACCUUGCUUCCUAUUCCAAAAUAAACUGCAGAUGAAGAUUAAAAUCUAAACACAAAUACUUAAUGUAGGAAAAAAUGCAGGAUAAUAUUUUUACAAUUUCAGUAUGCAUAUGCAGAAGGACUUCUUAAUCAGAAAAUAAAGAUACAGUAUAAACAAAAAGAAAGUUAAACAAAGAUAAAUUAUAAGCAACAGGGUUCCUACAAGUGACAAUGAUGCUGAACAUCACCAGUAAUCAUGAACUUGAAAAAGAAAAGACAAAAUAGAUCAUGCUCCCCUCCCCAUCAGAUUGGUAAAAUUUUAAAUGAGUGCUGGGAAAAUACAUACACAUAAGCAUUGCUAGUGAGAAGGUAAGUUGGCAUUUUAGAAAGUUGAUGAGAUAGUAUCUAUAAAUUUGAAAUGUAUAUACAUAGCAAAUUCACAAUGGGGACAGAUUCAUUAUACAAAAAUACUUCGGCAUGCCCCAAAGUAUAAAUAUGUUAGGACAGCCAUUGAAUUCUAUUGUUUGUAGUAAAUUGUUUUAGUCCAAACACUAAUUCCUCUGUAGCAAACAUAGGAUCUAAUAAAAUGGAUUAUGUGUGGAAAUCAGUCCUCUUUAGAAACCUAAAGGACCAAGUGUAUCCUGAUUAAAAAGAUAAAACGCUUUCUUUCUUUCUUUUUGUUUUUGUUUUUUUGUUUGUUUGUUUCGAGACAGAGACUCGCUCUGUUGCCAGGCUGGAGUGCAGUGGUGUGAUCUCGGCUCACUGCAACCUCUGCCUCCCGGGUUUAAGCGAUUCUCAUGCAUCAGUCUCCCGUGCAGCUGGGACUACAGGCGCACGCCACCACACCCAGCUAAUUUUUGUAGUUUAAGUAGAGACGGGGUUUCACCAUGUUGGCCAGGAUGGUCUCAAUCUCUUGACCUCAUGAUCCACCUGCCUCAGUCUCCCAAAGUGCUUUUUGAUAAUUUUGAGAAAUGAUGGAAGCAUAUUAGAAUGAAAACAACCUGAGGAUGUGCUUUUAUCUUUGUAUAUUCAAAUAUUUUUUCUCAUUAAAAAGCAGAAAGUCCGGGUAUGAUGGUUCAUGCCUGUAACCCUAACACUUUGCGGGGCCAAGAUAGGAAGAUCCCUUGAGGCCAGGACUUUGAGGCUAGCCUGAGCAACAUAGUAGGACCCUGUCUCUAUAAAAAGCUUAAGAAAAAAAUUAGCGGGGCGUGGUGGAGUGCACCUGUAGUCUUAGCUAUUUGGGAGGCUGAGAUGGGAGGAUCACUUGAGCCUAGGAGUUCAAGGCUGCACUGAGCUAUGAUCUAACCACUGUACUCCAGCCUGGGCUCUGAAAAAAAAAAAAAAUAUAUAUACACACACACACACACACACACACACACACACGUUAGUGGGAUAGCACAAUGAGAAAAACUCCGCUCUUUGAUCACUGAGUACAUCUCUGUAGAUAUAUAUUUCCUUCACUGCAGAUUUUGCCCAAGAUACUUCGUCAAAGACAAAGCCAGUACACCCUCUAAUAGGGUGAAUAUGGUUAUGCCACCUACUGAGCUUGUUUUUGAUACUAGUUAAUAUGUAACCAGAUGAAAUUGUCAUUAUCGUCACUGUCAGGACUAUGGGAAGCUUAAGUGUUCUCUUUUCAAGGACAAUGUGUGCUAACUGUACAAUUGGUACAAUUAAAUAAGUUAUAUUCAGUUCCUGGGAAGCACUAUAGCAAUACAAGGAGAAAAUUUGAUUCUAUUUAUUUUUGUUAAGGCCCACCUACCUCCUAAUCCUAAUUUCUCUCAUUUCCCAAAUAUUCCUUGUUUGUUCUUACUGUUAUGUGUUUUCCUGUAUUUUGCUCUUCUACUUUCUUUUCCAUGGACUAUCUUUUUCCCUUCCUUUUUUUCUGCUCUACCCCUUUACCUCAGCUUUCUAGCAGUAUUUGCUAAAUACUUCAAAACUGUAUAGAACUUGUUCAAAUUGUGCGCUCCCUUUUCUGUCAAGAACUUGCUACUCAGGUAACCCAAUUGGUGAUUUUUCCUGGAAACACUGAUGGAUGCUGUUCCUAUAGCGAAACCCAGAACAGAGAUGAAAUAGAUGUCAUCCUCAGCCAUUAGCAUUCAAACUAUAAAGAUUAAUUUACACUGGUAUAGUAAGGAUCAGAAUGUCAAAGCUGUGUUACACCUAGCAUCUUGUAUGAAACUACCCCAUGAAGGUGAGACCACAGAUAUUAUUGCCCCACUAUUGGCAUGAAAGCUGAGGCUCAGAGCAGUUAACUGAGUUACCCAGGACCACACAGCUAAGUUAGAAGUAGGGCUCAGGUGUCCUGGCAACUAACUGGUCCAGUUAUUUUUUCUCUCAAGCUCGUUUUCCCUCUCCUAAAGAAUAGGAGGCUCUGUCGUGGCGAAAGGCGAUUUUAGUAAUACUUUCCUUUUUAUCUGUGAUUAUAAUGAAUGUGACAUCUCUCCCAUUAAGGAUCAUUCCUCCACCCACAUUCUUAAUACAUCUGCUGCAUGCAUCCUUCAGAGACCUCCCUCUGGGAUCAUUCCUUCUCACUCCAAAAAGCUCAACUUCUCCCCUGUCAUUUGUACCUCCCACUCAGCAUUUUUAGAAGCAAUAUUUCAUUCAAAUUUAUUCAAGUUUAUUUCCACCUAAAGAAAUAUUCCUUUCACCCUGGCAUCUCCAUCAGGUACUGCCCUGUUGUUUUUCUCCCCUUCAGACAAACUGCCAAACUGGCUCUAGUUCCUCACAUUCCCCAUCCCCCUCAGCAAGCUUCUGCCCCACACCGGCACUGAAACAGCUGAAUCCCAAUGUCCUUGUCCUUAAACCCAGCAGAAAAAAAAAAUCAAUCAAUUAUUUGAUUUCACAGCGGCACUUGACAUGGGUAGCCAGGAAUUAUCUUAUCAAUGACAACCUUUACAGAUCAUCUUUGUAAUUUAUCAUGAGGCAUCAAAUGAAUGCUAUUAACAUUAAUCCCUCCUAUUUUAAGUCAUUAAUCCAAGUAAAUGCUCACUUAUUUCUAGCGUCUUAGAAACCAUUUAAAUUAUGUUACAUUAUGAAUCAAUACAUUAUAAAAUUAUACCAUCAUUUGUAAUAAUUUUUAAAAAUGUGUGCUAUUAACAUUGAUGCCUUGGUAUAAAGUCAUGAUCAUUCUGGUCUAGUAGCAAUCUUCUAUUGACUAUUCUCUUACUAAAGCGGUCCCUUCCGUGGGACUCAGAGACCUCACACUCUCCUGCCUGUGUUUCUUCCUCUCUAAUUGGCCCUUCUUGCUCCACUUGGGUGCUCCUGCCCAUUGCCUAGACAAGAGCAUUCCCUGUAACUCUGUCUUGGGCUCUUUUUCUCUUUUCAUCAACAUCUUUUACCUGGGUAUUAUCAUCCAUUUCCAUGGCAUCAGCUUGCCCAAUAAACUGAUAAAUCCAUAGUCUCUAUAAGUACAGCAGAUCUCAUCAAACUAGUGGCAUUCAGACUGCUUUAACUUUAACCAAAAAUAAGGGAUUUUGUACAUGUUCAAUAAGCAGUUCCCACUGUAACACUGUAAUCACAUUUUCACAAUUGUGACCUAGGACACUUAGAGUAAAGGAUACAGAUGAUUGAGAUAGAAAUAGUGACAAAGAAAAAUAAGGUUAGGAUAUAGAUUUUAAUGCUGUAACAGACCUCAAAAUACAAUGGCUUAACUAAGAGAAUGCAUUUCUCUGUCACAUAAAGGUCCCAACUGGCGUAGACUUUUGAUGACUCAAGGGCUCAGGCUGUGCCUGGUUUGUGGUUCUGCCUUCCUUAACACAUGGCUUCCAUCUGAUGAGCUACAGCAGUACCUAUCACUACAGUCAGCAUGUCCACAUUCCAGCCUGGGCAAGGAAGAAAGGGGAAGCGCAGAACUGUACCCUUCCUUUUUUAAGUCAUGAACUGCAAGUUGCAUGUAUCACUUCCACUUGCCCUCCAGUCACCAGAACUUAGUCAUAUGCCAUACCCAGCUUCAAGGGAGUGGGUUAAAAAAAUAGAAGUCAACUAGGCAGUCUGCACCCAGCAAAGGAUCGGGAGUUCUAUUAUUAAAGCAGAAUUGGAGAAGUGGUAACAGGAAACAACCACCAGCCUCUGCUGCAUGUAUAUGAAACAGAUGUUUCCCAAAUCACUAUUCUCACUUAUUCUGUCUGAUACACUGUAUUUUUUAUUAUAUUCUCUUUCAUUUUUUAAAAUCCUGGUCAUGACUCACAGGACAUGAUGUUACAACCCACUUAGAUGCUAACACCAUAAUCUGAAAAAUAUUACCUAUAUUAUGUCUAAUAUUGGCCACUUGAAGUAUGGCUAGCCUAAAUUGAUCUAUGUUGUAAGUAUAAAAUUCACACCAGCUUGUGAAAACAAAUUAUGAAAAAAAAGUCUUUAAGAUAUCAUUAACAAUUUUAUAUUGGCUAAAUGUUGAAAUGAUCAUAUUUUGGAUAUAUUGGAUUAAAUAAAAUACACUAUUAAAAUUAAUUUAAUGUUUCUCUUUAUGUGGUUACUAGAAAAUUUAAAAUUUAAAAUUACACAGGGCGAUCACAUUCUAUUUCUAGUAGACCACACUGCUGUAAGCUCAAGAUUCAAAUGUCAAACUCCUGUGAAUAUUAAUACGUGAAUAUCCCACAAGCACUUACUCCAUCUUCCCAACCCUCAGCCCUUCUGUCCUCCUUCUGCUCCCACCAAUCUGUGUUUCUUCUGUUUCACUCACCCAGCUAAAGGCAACACAAUUCACUCAGUGACGAGCCAGGAAAAUGGAAAGACACAUUUUCCUUUAUUCCUCACAUUCAUAUAUUCACUGAGCACUAUAAUUACCUCUUAAAUAUGAUAUAAAUCUGCAAGCUCUUUUCAAUACCACCACAAAUUCCAUAGUUCAAAAUGCCAUCAGCUUUCACCUAUAUUAUUACACCAGCUCCCAUCUGGUCUUCCUGCAUCCUGGAUCACCUCUUUCUAGCUGCCCUUUCAAAUUUCAAUAAGAGCAAGCUUUCCAGGAAACAAACCUGAAGUCAAUCCACUGAGUACUCCUCUGAAUACCUUAAUAUUGUUGACAAAUUCCUUUCUGAUUUGAAGCAUCAGAAAGGAAUAUUUCCUCCAUACCAAAUAGUUUUCAUUUCAUGCAUGUGCCGUGAUUCUUCUCCCUCCCAGACCUUUGCAUCUGUCAUUCGUUAUGCUUAGAAAGCUCUUUUCAUCUCUUUGUUCUUCAAGACAACCACUACUCAUACUUCAGAGCUUAAUUUACAUUUUGCUUUCCCUCAAAAUUUUUUUAAAAGGUUCCAGGUCUGGGUUAUGUGCCCUCUUGUGUGCUCCCAGAGCAUCCUGAACUUCUGCAAUAAUAUGUUUGGCUACUGUAUUUUAUACAGUAGUUUUAUAUUGUAUUUUAUAUUGUAUUUUAUACAGUAGUUGUUAUAUUGUAUUUUAUACAGUAGUUGUUUUUCUGUCUGUUUUUCUGUCUGUUUUUGCCCCAACAAGAAUGUAAAAUCUUUAAGUGCCUGUUUUCAUACUUAUUUGACCACCCUAUCUCUAGAAUAUUGCAUGAUGUCUAGCCCUAGUAGGAUCAAAAAAUACUUACAAAGCAACUGAAUAGCUACAUGAAUAGAUGGAUGAAUAAAUGCAUGGGUGGAUGGAUGGAUUAAUGAAAUCAUUUAUAUGACUUAAAGUUUGCAGAGGAGUAUCAUAUUUGGAAGGCAGUAAGGAAGUCUGUGUAGUCGAUGGUAAAGGCAAUUGGGAAGUUUGUUAGGCACAAUAGGUCAAAAUUUGUUUUUGAAGUCCUGUUACUUCACGUUUCUUUGUUUCACUUUCUUAAAACAGGAAACUCUUUUCUAUGAUCAUUCUUCCAGGGCCUGGCUCUUCAUCUGCAAUCCAGUAAUAUCCCUAAUGUCAAAAAGCUACUGGUUUAAUUCAUGCCAUUUUCAAAGAAGACUACUGAAUUCUGAUGUGGCUUCAAACAUUUAGGUUAGGCAUAUCUAAUGGAGAACUUGCAGCCACACUGACUUGUAGUGAAAUAUCUAUUUUGAGCCUGCCCAGUGUUGCUUAAAUUGUAGUUUUCCUUGCCAGCUAUUCAUACAAGAGAUGUGAGAAGCACCAUAAAAGGCGUUGUGAGGAGUUGUGGGGGAGUGAGGGAGAGAAGAGGUUGAAAAGCUUAUUAGCUGCUGUACGGUGAAAGUGAGCUCUUACGGGAAUGGGAAUGUAGUUUUAGCCCUCCAGGGAUUCUAUUUAGCCCGCCAGGAAUUAACCUUGACUAUAAAUAGGCCAUCAAUGACCUUUGCAGAGAAUGUUCAGAGACCUCAACUUUGUUUAGAGAUCUUGUGUGGGUGGAACUUCCUGUUUGCACACAGAGCAGCAUAAAGCCCAGUUGCUUUGGGAAGUGUUUGGGACCAGAUGGAUUGUAGGGAGUAGGGUACAAUACAGUCUGGUCUCCUCCAGCUCCUUCUUUCUGCAACAUGGGGAAGAACAAACUCCUUCAUCCAAGUCUGGUUCUUCUCCUCUUGGUCCUCCUGCCCACAGAUGCCUCAGUCUCUGGAAAACCGCAGUAUAUGGUUCUGGUCCCCUCCCUGCUCCACACUGAGACCACUGAGAAGGGCUGUGUCCUUCUGAGCUACCUGAAUGAGACAGUGACUGUAAGUGCUUCCUUGGAGUCUGUCAGGGGAAACAGGAGCCUCUUCACUGACCUGGAGGCGGAGAAUGACGUACUCCACUGUGUCGCCUUCGCUGUCCCAAAGUCUUCAUCCAAUGAGGAGGUAAUGUUCCUCACUGUCCAAGUGAAAGGACCAACCCAAGAAUUUAAGAAGCGGACCACAGUGAUGGUUAAGAACGAGGACAGUCUGGUCUUUGUCCAGACAGACAAAUCAAUCUACAAACCAGGGCAGACAGUGAAAUUUCGUGUUGUCUCCAUGGAUGAAAACUUUCACCCCCUGAACGAGUUGAUUCCACUAGUAUACAUUCAGGAUCCCAAAGGAAAUCGCAUCGCACAAUGGCAGAGUUUCCAGUUAGAGGGUGGCCUCAAGCAAUUUUCUUUUCCCCUCUCAUCAGAGCCCUUCCAGGGCUCCUACAAGGUGGUGGUACAGAAGAAAUCAGGUGGAAGGACAGAGCACCCUUUCACCGUGGAGGAAUUUGUUCUUCCCAAGUUUGAAGUACAAGUAACAGUGCCAAAGAUAAUCACCAUCUUGGAAGAAGAGAUGAAUGUAUCAGUGUGUGGCCUAUACACAUAUGGGAAGCCUGUCCCUGGACAUGUGACUGUGAGCAUUUGCAGAAAGUAUAGUGACGCUUCCGACUGCCACGGUGAAGAUUCACAGGCUUUCUGUGAGAAAUUCAGUGGACAGCUAAACAGCCAUGGCUGCUUCUAUCAGCAAGUAAAAACCAAGGUCUUCCAGCUGAAGAGGAAGGAGUAUGAAAUGAAACUUCACACUGAGGCCCAGAUCCAAGAAGAAGGAACAGUGGUGGAAUUGACUGGAAGGCAGUCCAGUGAAAUCACAAGAACCAUAACCAAACUCUCAUUUGUGAAAGUGGACUCACACUUUCGACAGGGAAUUCCCUUCUUUGGGCAGGUGCGCCUAGUAGAUGGGAAAGGCGUCCCUAUACCAAAUAAAGUCAUAUUCAUCAGAGGAAAUGAAGCAAACUAUUACUCCAAUGCUACCACGGAUGAGCAUGGCCUUGUACAGUUCUCUAUCAACACCACCAACGUUAUGGGUACCUCUCUUACUGUUAGGGUCAAUUACAAGGAUCGUAGUCCCUGUUACGGCUACCAGUGGGUGUCAGAAGAACACGAAGAGGCACAUCACACUGCUUAUCUUGUGUUCUCCCCAAGCAAGAGCUUUGUCCACCUUGAGCCCAUGUCUCACGAACUACCCUGUGGCCAAACUCAGACAGUCCAGGCACAUUAUAUUCUGAAUGGAGGCGCCCUGCAGGGGCUGGAGAAGCUCUCCUUCUAUUAUCUGAUAAUGGCAAAGGGAGGCAUUGUCCGAACUGGGACUCAUGGACUGCUUGUGAAGCAGGAAGACAUGAAGGGCCAUUUUUCCAUCUCAAUCCCUGUGAAGUCAGACAUUGCUCCUGUUGCUCGGUUGCUCAUCUAUGCUGUUUUACCUACCGGGGACGUGAUUGGGGAUUCUGCAAAAUAUGAUGUUGAAAAUUGUCUGGCCAACAAGGUGGAUUUGAGCUUCAGCCCAUCACAAAGUCUCCCAGCCUCACACGCCCACCUGCGAGUCUCAGCGGCUCCUCAGUCCGUCUGCGCCCUCCGUGCUGUGGACCAAAGCGUGCUGCUCAUGAAGCCUGAUGCUGAGCUCUCGGCGUCCUCAGUUUACAACCUGCUACCAGAAAAGGACCUCACUGGCUUCCCUGGGCCUUUGAAUGACCAGGACGAUGAAGACUGCAUCAAUCGUCAUAAUGUCUAUAUUAAUGGAAUCACAUAUACUCCAGUAUCAAGUACAAAUGAAAAGGAUAUGUACAGCUUCCUAGAGGACAUGGGCUUAAAGGCAUUCACCAACUCAAAGAUUCGUAAACCCAAAAUGUGUCCACAGCUUCAACAGUAUGAAAUGCAUGGACCUGAAGGUCUACGUGUAGGUUUUUAUGAGUCAGAUGUAAUGGGAAGAGGCCAUGCACGCCUGGUGCAUGUUGAAGAGCCUCACACGGAGACCGUACGAAAGUACUUCCCUGAGACAUGGAUCUGGGAUUUGGUGGUGGUAAACUCAUCAGGUGUGGCUGAGGUAGGAGUAACAGUCCCUGACACCAUCACUGAGUGGAAGGCAGGGGCCUUCUGCCUGUCUGAAGAUGCUGGACUUGGUAUCUCUUCCACUGCCUCUCUCCGAGCCUUCCAGCCGUUCUUUGUGGAGCUCACAAUGCCUUACUCUGUGAUUCGUGGAGAGGCCUUCACACUCAAGGCCACAGUCCUAAACUACCUUCCCAAAUGCAUCUGGGUCAGUGUGCAGCUGGAAGCCUCUCCUGCCUUCCUAGCUGUCCCAGUGGAGAAGGAACAAGCGCCUCACUGCAUCUGUGCAAACGGGCGGCAAACUGUGUCCUGGGCAAUAACCCCAAAGUCAUUAGGAAAUGUGAAUUUCACUGUGAGCGCAGAGGCACUAGAGUCUCAAGAGCUGUGUGGGACUGAGGUGCCUUCAGUUCCUGAACACGGAAAGAAAGACACAGUCAUCAAGCCUCUGUUGGUUGAACCUGAAGGACUAGAGAAGGAAACAACAUUCAACUCCCUACUUUGUCCAUCAGGUGGUGAGGUUUCUGAAGAAUUAUCCCUGAAACUGCCACCAAAUGUGGUAGAAGAAUCUGCCCGAGCUUCUGUCUCAGUUUUGGGAGACAUAUUAGGCUCUGCCAUGCAAAACACACAAAAUCUUCUCCAGAUGCCCUAUGGCUGUGGAGAGCAGAAUAUGGUCCUCUUUGCUCCUAACAUCUAUGUACUGGAUUAUCUAAAUGAAACACAGCAGCUUACUCCAGAGAUCAAGUCCAAGGCCAUUGGCUAUCUCAACACUGGUUACCAGAGACAGUUGAACUACAAACACUAUGAUGGCUCCUACAGCACCUUUGGGGAGCGAUAUGGCAGGAACCAGGGCAACACCUGGCUCACAGCCUUUGUUCUGAAGACUUUUGCCCAAGCUCGAGCCUACAUCUUCAUCGAUGAAGCACACAUUACCCAAGCCCUCAUAUGGCUCUCCCAGAGGCAGAAGGACAAUGGCUGUUUCAGGAGCUCUGGGUCACUGCUCAACAAUGCCAUAAAGGGAGGAGUAGAAGAUGAAGUGACCCUCUCCGCCUAUAUCACCAUCGCCCUUCUGGAGAUUCCUCUCACAGUCACUCACCCUGUUGUCCGCAAUGCCCUGUUUUGCCUGGAGUCAGCCUGGAAGACAGCACAAGAAGGGGACCAUGGCAGCCAUGUAUAUACCAAAGCACUGCUGGCCUAUGCUUUUGCCCUGGCAGGUAACCAGGACAAGAGAAAGGAAGUACUCAAGUCACUUAAUGAGGAAGCUGUGAAGAAAGACAACUCAGUCCAUUGGGAGCGCCCUCAGAAACCCAAGGCACCAGUGGGGCAUUUUUACGAACCCCAGGCUCCCUCUGCUGAGGUGGAGAUGACAUCCUAUGUGCUCCUCGCUUAUCUCACGGCCCAGCCAGCCCCAACCUCGGAGGACCUGACCUCUGCAACCAAGAUCGUGAAGUGGAUCACGAAGCAGCAGAACGCCCAGGGCGGUUUCUCCUCUACCCAGGACACAGUGGUGGCUCUCCAUGCUCUGUCCAAAUAUGGAGCAGCCACAUUUACCAAGACUGGGAAGGCUGCACAGGUGACUAUCCAGUCUUCAGGGACAUUUUCCAGCAAAUUCCAAGUGGACAACAACAACCGCCUGUUACUGCAGCAGGUCUCAUUGCCAGAGCUGCCUGGGGAAUACAGCAUGAAAGUGACAGGAGAAGGAUGUGUCUACCUCCAGACAUCCUUGAAAUACAAUAUUCUCCCAGAAAAGGAAGAGUUCCCAUUUGCUUUAGGGGUGCAGACUCUGCCUCAAACUUGUGAUGAACCCAAAGCCCACACCAGCUUCCAAAUCUCCCUAAGUGUCAGUUACACAGGGAGCCGCUCUGCCUCCAACAUGGCGAUCGUUGAUGUGAAGAUGGUCUCUGGCUUCAUUCCCCUGAAGCCAACAGUGAAAAUGCUUGAAAGAUCUAACCAUGUGAGCCGGACAGAAGUCAGCAGCAACCAUGUCUUGAUUUACCUGGAUAAGGUGUCAAAUCAGACACUGAGCUUGUUCUUCACGGUUCUGCAAGAUGUCCCAGUAAGAGAUCUGAAACCAGCCAUAGUGAAAGUCUAUGAUUACUACGAGACGGAUGAGUUUGCAAUUGCUGAGUACAAUGCUCCUUGCAGCAAAGAUCUUGGAAAUGCUUGAAGACCACAAGGCUGAAAAGUGCUUUGCUAGAGUCCUGUUCUCAGAGCUCCACAGAAGACACGUGUUUUUGUAUCUUUAAAGACUUGAUGAAUAAACACUUUUUCUGGUCAA